CUCCGCUCUGCGCUCCAGAUGCCCUCCCCAGACUCCCACCUCCCAGAGGACGCGUCCCCGCUUCCUCCGGCGCCCGGCCCGGCCCGCCCCUCUGGGGGGAUUCGUGGGGGAUGCUCGCGUGCCUGUGCACCGUGCUCUGGCAGCUCCCUGCAGUGCCAGCCCUCAACCGCACGGGAGAUCCGGGGCCCGGCCCCUCCAUCCAGAAAACCUAUGACCUCACCCGCUACCUGGAGCACCAGCUCCGCAGCUUGGCUGGGACCUAUCUGAACUACCUGGGCCCCCCUUUCAACGAGCCUGACUUCAACCCCCCUCGGCUGGGGGUGGAGACUCUGCCCAAGGCCACUGUCAACCUGGAGGUGUGGCGAAGCCUCAACGACAAACUGCGGCUGACCCAGAACUACGAGGCCUACAGCCACCUCCUGUGCUACCUGCGGGGUCUCAACCGCCAGGCCGCCACGGCUGAGCUGCGCCGCAGCCUGGCCCACUUCUGCACCAGCCUCCAGGGCCUGCUGGGCAGCAUCGCGGGCGUCAUGGCAGCUCUGGGCUACCCGCUGCCCCAGCCUCUGCCCGGGACUGAGCCCACCUGGGCCCCUGGCCCUGCCCACAGUGACUUCCUCCAGAAGAUGGAUGACUUCUGGCUGCUGAAGGAGCUGCAGACCUGGCUGUGGCGCUCAGCCAAGGACUUCAACCGACUCAAGAAGAAGAUGCAGCCUCCGGCCACCGCGGUCACCCUGCACCUGGAGGCCCGUGGCUUCUGAUCUCCGACCACCCUCUCCUUCCCCUGCUCCUUCCAGCCCUGCUCCCACUCUAGGAGGGAGAAACGUGUACACCAACACUUGUUGAGCCAGGAGACUGAAGCCGUGAGCCUCUAGCUUCCCUGUGCUUGGAGGAGGGUGUGAUGCAAUGAGGCCCAUCCCCUCCUGGCCUCCCUAAGUCCUACGGGUCUGAGGAAGAGGUGCAAUAGGCCCCAUCCCAUUUCCACAAGACGUCAUGGUCAACGGCACCCAGAGUGGCUGCAGUCGGUGUGAGGCUCUUGCAGCUUCCUGCUUCCUGCCCACCACUUGCCAGCGCCCACCCAGCCCCUCGAGUGGCACUUCCAGAAAGCGUGCCUAUAGGGCAGGGAAAGGGGGCACCAUCACAUGUGCCUUUCUGGGGUGAAACCCUUUGGCUGCCCUGCUCUCCUUAGAUGGGUGUUGCUCCCCCACCCCUCAAACAACUCAAUACAUCCAGUUCAGGAAGCACACAGUGGCCAAGUCCAGACGGAAGAGAUGGGAUGAAAAACGGAAGAGCUGGGGUCUGCAGUGGAGGUAAUACUGAAAGCAGAGGGGCAGGGACAGACUGGACCCAGGGGUCACCAAGGUGAUCCGUGGCACAGGGUGUCAUCCAGAAGGACAUGGCCUUGAAUUUUCUUGCCAGCUACAGGGUGCCUCCCUUCUGCCCUCUUUCCCAGGGUAUCUGUGGGUUGCCCGGGCUGGGGAGGGCAACCAUAGCCACAGCCACAGAAUUUCCUGAAAGUUUACAUUGCGGUAGCAUUUCGGGGUAUGGGGGCAGCUCCCCUAGGCCCUGCCCCCCAGCCCCA